AUGCCCUUCGCGCACGCCUAUAUAUUCCCAGCCGCCUGUCCCCUCAAACCCACACCUCAAACCCUAAACGCAGAUCUUCCACCUUUGCGCCGCCUCUUGCCUCUCCUCCUAGAAACUACCAUGGCGCCCAAGGCCGAGAAGAAGCCUGCUGCAGAGAAGAAGUUGGUGAAGUCGGAGAAGAAGCCCAAGGUGGAGAAGCACGUGCCCGGGAAGGAGGGCGACACUAACAAGAAGAAGGCCAAGAAGAGCAAUGAGACAUACAAGAUCUACAUCUUCAAGGUGCUCAAGCAGAUUGACCCGAACAUGGGUAUCUCCUCCAAAUCAAUGUCCAUCAUCAACUCCAUCAUCAACGACAUCUUUGAGAGGCUCGCCGGCGAGUCGGCAAAGCUCGCACGCUACAACAAGAAGCCCACCAUCACCUCCCGGGAGAUCCAGACUGCCGUGCGCCUUGUCCUUCCAGGCGAGCUUGCCAAGCACGCCGUCUCCGAGGGAACCAAGGCCGUUACCAGAUUCACCGUGUAUUAG